CUCAUUUCCGAUCAUGCAUAGAUCCGGAGAAAAGGACGAUGGUGACUAAGAGACUUUCCAGUCCGGCCAGAGUCAAGCGUGCACCCUCAUGAGGUCUAUCCGAUCAUCAAACAGAACUCAGUUCGACAGUUCGAGUAUAUAUAGACCUCACAUCGCACCCUGAGUCCUUUGCCUGAUCUGUCUCCCUUCAACACAUCCAUCAACCCAAGACUUUAACUCUUGUUAUUAAGCACAUCCGUCAUCCAUCAACCACAUCAACCACAACCCACAAUGAAACUCUCCUUCACCCCCACGGCCGUGACCCUUGUCGCAGGCUGGAUCGGCAUAGCAACUGCUGAGAUACCCGCGGUAUGCUACGGCAUCUGCAACAAUGCCCUUCUCGAAGGGAACAGGGUAGGGUGGAGCGACGCAACGCUCUGUGCCCAGGACAGUGUGUUCAAAGAGUACAAGUUCAGCUGCUUUGUGUGCUGUCUUUCCAAUCCGAUUCCUGAGGGGAUCAAGUUCGAGGGAACGCAGUUUGAGAGAAUAACGAAAUGGUGCUAGGUUGGUUGUUGACUGUUACUGAGUCUCUGGGUGCAGUGAUUUUUGCGAAUGCGAGUGUGGAUGAAGGAUCUAAGGGACUGGGGGAAGCUAUGGUGUCCUUGUGGAGUGUUUAGUUGGUGGUAAAACGGUGCCAACCUCAGCUGAAGGAGGACGCUGUGAUUUUACUUUCGUACUCUCGUUGGGUGAAACUGGAAUAGGGGGUGUUCUGCCCCAAGAACUGGUUUGUAGGCCUCUAUAGUCUCACAUUCGCAGGGACGUAGCCCCUGCCCUGCAUAUUCUUCCCCUAUAGUAGCUUUAGAGUCUUGUUUAAAUACCUUACGCCGUGUUGAUUCGAUGCUUACUAGCUGGCAGAGCUCA